GCUGGGGGUGCGGCGGGCCAGCCCGAGUCCCCGAGGCCGGCAAGGGAUCGCGCCGGGGCUCCCGGGCCGCUCGUCUUCCUCGCCGAGCCGAGCCGCGUCUGCGGAAGCGACUCUGGCUGCGCCGCCACGAGCGUCCCGGAGGAGCCCGCGAGCAGCCGGGGCGCGGGACAGCCCGCGGGACUCCCCCUCGCGGGGCCUCUGGAACCCCAGACUCUGCAGCGAGAGGAAGAGGGGCGCCACGGAGACGCCGAGGACGGGCAGCAGGAGGCGCACCCCGGCCCGCAGCCCGAGCCCCCGCCCCGCACCCCCGGCCCCGACGGGCUGGUCCUGGACGUCCUGGGCCAGCGGCGCCCGCCGCCCGCCAAGCGCCAAGUCUUCUGCUCCGUGUACUGCGUGGAGAGCGACCUGCCCGAGGCCCCCGCCGCCGAGCCACUGUCGCCGCCCGCGUCCCCACCUGGGGCUCCACCGGGGCGGACCCCAACGAGCCCCCCGCCGUCCUUCCCCGGCCCGAGGUCGCCCCCGGCCGAGCCCCUCUCCCCCGACGGCGGCAGCAUAGAGCUGGAGUUCUACCUGGCUCCGGAACCUUUCAACGUGCCGGGCCUGUUAGGAGCUCCACCCUACUCUGGCCUGGGCGGGGUAGGGGAUCCCUACGCGCCCCUCUUGGUGCUGACGUGCCGGGUGUGCCUGGAAGACAAGCCCAUCAAGCCCCUGCCCUGCUGCAAGAAGGCGGUGUGCGAGGAGUGCCUGAAAAUCUACCUGAGCGCCCAGGUACAACUUGGCCAAGUAGAAAUCAAAUGUCCUAUCACAGAGUGUUUUGAGUUCCUAGAAGAAACAACUGUUGUCUACAAUUUAACCCAUGAAGACUCCAUCAAGUAUAAGUAUUUUCUGGAACUUGGCCGGAUUGACUCCAGCACCAAGCCGUGUCCUCAGUGCAAGCACUUUACAACUUUUAAGAAAAAAGGACAUAUUCCCACCCCUUCCAGAUCGGAAAGCAGAUACAAAAUCCAGUGCCCUACUUGCCAGUUCGUCUGGUGUUUUAAGUGCCACUCUCCUUGGCAUGAAGGUGUUAACUGCAAGGAGUAUAAAAAAGGAGACAAAUUAUUACGUCACUGGGCCAGCGAAAUCGAGCAUGGGCAGAGGAAUGCCCAGAAGUGUCCGAAGUGCAAGAUCCAUAUCCAAAGAACAGAAGGAUGUGACCACAUGACGUGUUCACAGUGUAACACUAAUUUUUGUUAUCGAUGUGGAGAGAGAUAUCGCCAGCUCCGUUUUUUUGGAGACCACACAUCAAACCUCAGUAUAUUUGGAUGCAAAUAUCGCUACCUCCCAGAGAGACCUCAUUUGCGAAGAUUAGUGCGAGGGUCAGUCUGUGCUGGAAAAUUAUUCAUUGCACCUCUAAUCCUGGUUUUGGGAUUAGCACUAGGGGCCAUAGCAGUUGUAAUCGGUUUAUUUGUAUUUCCUAUAUAUUGCCUUUGUAAAAAACAGAGAAAACGGUCACGGACAGGUAUGCACUGGUAACAUACGGAGGAUUUCACCUAACUUAAGCCGGUCCCAGGAGGAGCUGUGCAGGAUGGAGUACCAUGAGUCAGAUCCUUAGAAAUACCUAGGGGAACUUCUGCCAUCUCAUCUCCUGUGGUCCUCUGCAGGCCACAGUGCCUCGAGCUAAGGUGCACUCCCAACAUGGUAUCCUGUCCUUUCCCUAAACAAAUUGCUGCUUUUAAAAAAUGGUCACUUUCAUAAAUUAUAGACAUCUGUAUCAUAACUCCGACCUUUGUGGUUCUUGGAAAAAAUAUUUUAAUUGAGAACAAGGAUCCUCAGAAUUAUUCUGAGAUCACUUCUUGUGAGAAUUGCUUGGACCGUCUGUUAGACGUGGUGUGGAUAACUGAAUUCCCAUCUGUCCCAAGAAGCAAAGCCACUUUUCAGAAGAGAAAUGGAAGUUCACAAAUGCACCUGUUUUCGUCUGUGGCCCAAGCAGUAUAAUUCUUUUGUUCUUUGAAUAGCUGUAAUAGCUAAAAAGAAUCUCCGUGCCCAGAAGGGAAUUAAUGGAACUAAAUAAUGAGAAGAAUCGUGAGUUACUGACAUGUGUAUGUGUAAGGAUGUGAAUGUGUGUAUAUAAAUCCAUAUUAAAACCAGGUCCCAUAACCUCGUGUUUAUCUAUUUCCAUGUCUCUGUAAUAUUUUCCACAUUUUCGUAGACCCAUUGAGCGAUGAUGCUUCCUUUUGUGGGCGUAACUUGGUGAUGGACUGAAUUAAAAAUCAUUGUAGACAACAGGCUGUUCUCAUCUUAGCCCUUUCUGUUUCUUGCUUCUUCUGUUUUAUACACAGAAAUUUGUGCAGUGUUACCCCAAGACAUACCAAGCUUUGUAAACUGACAAAACUAAAAAAAUGCUUUUAGAAAGUUCUCAAGAUUCAGAUGUCUUUUCAGAUUUCUUGCGUUUUGGCAUACAUGCCAUAUCCUGUAGAAAAGUCCCUAGUGUAGGCAUUUAAUCCCCAAAAAACCAGCAACUGCUUAAGCCUUUAAAUGAAUUCCCAUUCUGCCCACUGUUUAACUACCAACUUAGAGUUAAUCUGUUUUGGGUCAAGAUUUUUAAGUAGUGUUCAACCUUCUCUUUAAUUUUUUAUCUGUCUCCAAGUUCUUCAUAACUACAGAUACUAGUUUUGAAGGACUUUGCUUAUGCUUAUUCAAAUGCGUAAUGAUUUGCUGGUAUCUUCUUACAGAGAAAACAAAACUUUCUAUGUUCACAGUUUCAUCUACUAUAUAAACUGCUUUUGGAGAAGGGAAUAUGUAGAAAAUAUUUUCAGGAAGUUUCUCUAAGAUAAGAAGUCUUUGGAAAUAAGAAAAUGGGAUUUAUCUAAACUAAUAUAUGUCUUUGUUUCCAUUGCAGAAGUUUGUCAUGAGAAAGGAAGACCCCCCAGAAAGCCUAAAGUUUCCAGUUAUCUCUAAAUUCUCAAAAUUAGCUAUUUACCAUAGAUGUAGCAAUUAUUUGUUGGUGACCUUGUUUGGCUUGAAGUCAAAUACAUGACAACACUUGUGUUGACAUGGCCAGUUCAUGGUGUGUCAGAUUCCAAAGUGUAAGAAUGCUUUAUAAAUUUAUUUGACCAAAAAGCCCAUCAUAUUGAAGAUUGUGUGCAUGAACAGUUAACAUGCGUGCAUUCUUCCUAAGUAAUAUAGAAUAGCUCUACAACUUCCUGGCUCAGUGAUGUGUUUCUAAAUAGAGGAAUAUGUGGCAUUUAUGGCUCUGGACUAGCAUAUUUCUAAGCUAUGAUUAUGAGGUAAGAAAAAAAGAUGCUCUGUUUUCAUGAACUCAUCUUCCUGUGAAUUCAGCCAUCCAUUUGUCAGGUACUUAUUGUCUGUUUUAGCUGUACCAGUUUUAUGCCAAGAGAAUGAGAAUUUCUAGCCCAAAUACAUGUUUCUGUCA